ACCACACACUCUUCCACGCACGCUAAUCAAACCAACACGACUAUUAUCCACUCGUCUGGAUCCGCAGACGAAGGAAAAGGAAAGAGUGGGGAUCUGACCCUGCCGUAUUCCUCCUCCUCCAUCUCCCUGAUCAUCUGCAACCUAGGAUUGUCCGAGCUGGCAGGCUGGCCGUCCCCCAAAGGUCCCACCGUGUCGAAGCGUAAAAAGGAUUUAUUCCGGGAAUGUGCGAGGGUGUUGGAGCCCGGGGGCCGGCUGAUGCUCGUCGAGAGUAAAGGGCUGGGUGGGCGGGCUACGGACGGUCCGCGGUGGACGAUUCGAGACGUGUUUCGGGGUCCUGGGGAGGCGUACAAGCAAAUGUUGGUGCACGAGAUGCAGUGGCCUGCACAGAGUGUGGUCACACGGUGGCACUGGG